UUUACAGAAAACAUUGAAUAUGUUCAGCCACAGGAGGGAUAUAAUAUCCUAUUGCAAUGCGAUAUCAAAGGCUUAGUAAAUGGGGGAAAUGUUGAAGAAACCAAGAUUUACUGGUAUUUUAAGCAAUGCCGUGAAAAAACUGUGGACGGUGAUCGCCAUCACGAUUGGUUGCAGCUUCCCUGUGAGGAAAACUUCUGCAAAUCUGAUUUGUUACUCCGCAACGUCACCGAAGAGUAUUCUGGCUUAUAUAAAUGCACAGUAAUUCCGUUAGAGCCCAGAUCUGACAAAGUGCAUGCUCGACUUUUUCAUCUCGAAGUAAGAAAUAAAAGCAUGGUGGUACCCAAAUUUAUUGACCCUCAUCCUUUGAAUAAAAGUGCAAGUACCGGUGAGCAGGCAGUAUUCCAUUGUCGUGUGCAAAGCGAAGAGCAUCCGACCAUAAAGUGGUUUCGCCGCUUGACUACAGCCAAUUCCGUUGGUUUGGUGUAUACUGGCCGUAUUGGCAAAAGAGGAGUCAAUCCUAAGCCCAACUUCCAAACUAUCAAUUAUAAUGGCAACACCUAUGAAUUAUUGUACACGGCGCUUGAGAAAUAUAUUGGAGACGACAUUUACCUUAGCAAGUUGAUUUUGAACGGUGUGCGUCGGCAAGAUGAGGGCUUCUAUGCUUGUGCGGCAAUUAACUUCCAUGGGUAUAACAUAAGUGAAGCUUACCUGAAAGUUGAUAACAAGAAAAUUGUGGAAUAUUGGACGGAUUACAAUAACAAUGGAGCAGCUUAUACUGAUCGACGCGAAUUCUGGAUACUCUUUCUUAUGCCAUUGGGGUUGGCUAUGUUUCCGCUAGUAGUCUGGCUCAGUUACUUGGCUUACAAGAGGCGUUUGGCACGCAGCGAAGCAAAAAAAACACCUACCUAUUCCGAUGAGCUCUCGGAGGGGGACCGUUGUGUGUUGAGGACGUAGAUUUAGUUAUAUUAGAGGGAGGCAAACUAACUGACCGAAAUUAGAGACAUUUUAAUCAAUUCAAGCCAGAACAAUAAUUGAAAAAAUGUACAUACAUACGUAUUUAUUAGUAUUUUUACGAACUUUUGUAGCUGUUUCAUAGGUCCUACCUUGGAUAUGAUUUUACUAGGGGCCGAUGUUAUAAAAGUCCGGGGCAAAAUAUUGUCGUAGAAGAAAGUUAUACUUUGAUCCCAGGGCCUCCUAGACAAUAAUCCCUUAUUCUUUUUAUUUUUCGAACGUUUUAGGAAUAAGUCCAAUAAUAACUGAAAAAUCCGGACUUUUAUUUUUUUUAGUUCACUUAUAACAGUUAAACUUGGCCAACUAUUUUUUAAGGCCGAAAUAAAAGUCUUUCCUAGUAUAAACAAACCGCUUAUCCAAAUUAAACAAAUUUGGUACCAUAUGUAAGAGGACUGAAAGAGCUUUAAAACAGAAAUGUUUAAAUGAAGGUUACCACCUAUUUAUAUUUAUUUUUUAUAAUUUAAUGCAAAAUAAGUUCAUUUACCUGGCCUAAGGUUUGUUCUAUGGUAAAUAAAUAAUUAAUUGAAAUAUUUUACAAUAGGGGGUAUUCCCAGAAAAUGUAUGCACAACGCAUGUUUCAAUAAUUAAAGGUUUGCUCAAUAAUAUUUUCGCCAAAUUUUCAAACCUUUCAAUCAGAAUUUUCGUAUGCAGUUUUGUAGACCAUUCAAUUCUAGUAUAAUGAAUUGCAAGUUUCAAACUGCUA